GACACCCCCAGAGCCCACGAGCGACAAGCCCUUAUUCUUCUUGCUCUGCCGCCGACCACUCGCCUCUCCAUGGCUGACGACGGAGCAGCCGCCGGCGUAGACCCCUCUCCUUCCUCUCCCCCUAUCCAUCCGGCGGCACCGGACAACCCGCCCAUCGAUGCCGCAUCCUUCACCCACACCCCGUACUACUGUGAAGAAAAUGUGUACUUGCUAUGUAAGGAGCUGAUUAGAGCUGGACUUGCUGAUCCUGCGGGCAAUGACCUUUAUGCUGUUUUCAUAUCAAAUGAGGAAAAGAAGAUUCCUCUCUGGUAUCAGAAAGCAAGUCGUACUAAUGAUGGAUUUGUCUUGUGGGAUUAUCAUGUAAUCUGCAUCCAGUCUAGGCGAAACAAAGGAGAUGUUCUUGAUCUUGUUUGGGAUUUGGACUCGAGUCUUCCUUUCCCUUGUCCAUUCCUCCAGUACGUUGUUGAUGCCAUUCAACCACUAGCAUUUGGCGACUCCAUCUAUGGAAGACUUUUCCGUGUAGUUCAUGGUCCAGUAUUUCUUCGAUCAUUUGCAUCAGACAGAAGUCACAUGAAGGACCCCGUGGGGAAUUGGAUUGAGUUACCCCCAAAAUAUGAACCAAUUGUCGCGGAAGAUGGAAGCACCAAUAACCUGAAUGAGUACAUAGCCAUGUCUACUAAUGAUGUCGGAGACCUGGAAAGCGUGGUUAAUGAUGUCUACCACAACGAACAUGGUGUGGUGAUAAACGAAACGUUGCUCCCCAUGUUCUUCUCCCGGUUGCCUGAAUGACAUCCUUCAGAAGAGAGCUCUUUGAGAUAUCUUGAUUGGCCUGUCCGAAUUUUCUUUCGCGGUGGACAACGGUCGAGUACUUGUAGUGAGUGAGAUCUUAUGAACUUUGUUAAUCUGCGGUAUCGCGCUUGUCUAAUGAUGUCGUGUCAGGCCGUAAUAUUAUUUUGAAGUUACUAUUGCUGUGAGUUACUCAAAUCUGUAAUGAUGAAACUAUUGGGUCAGCAUUGUUUUGAUCACUGAAUAUCAAGGACCCAUACCUA